GAAAUUUGUGUGAGUAGUGUCUUGUUAUGAUUAUCAGUGGCAAUAAUUUGUACUCGAAACAUGGUCAUCAGCAAAUAUUACUCUGUCACACAUUGUGAGACUUUAUCAAAAUAAAUGUUACCCGUAAUGGAAUUAUACUCUAUCACAGUGCACAAGUUUUAUACUUAUAUCAAAUUUUAUCUAAUAUGGAAAUAAUCUACAAUGUUUGUGUUUUUUGGUUUCUAAUUUCAGUCGACCCAACAUUUAUGGUGUCUUUUCUUCCGAAGCAUAAAAGUGAUGACAGAGAAAGUUGUCUAAUCCAAUGGGUUAACUUUUGUCAGUCCAAUAUACAUGACAGUUGCACUAAUGAUACAUCUACUGCCACUACAGCUAAAGAUUUAGAGGAGUUUUUAAAAAUAUUUGAAGCUAAUUCACGCGCUGACAAUAAUACUCAUGAUGAUUUAGAAUAUAUUGAAAGUCUGUGGAAUUCUAAUCUAGGCUGUCGUCGUCAAAGCGGCUCUUUAGAGCUGACUGACAACAAGCCAGUACUGUCUGAUCAUCAUGUCAAUUCAACAACUAUGCCUACAAAUACUGUAAUCAAAUUUCUUUGUGAUUUAUUCUACUCUCCGGAUAUUUCAGUGCUGAUCUAUCAUAAUGAUUUUGAAGUGAUUAUUGAAGUGAUAAAUCGACAAUUACGCGAUUUAGAACCUGAUUCUGAGGAUUUACCUCAUUUCCUGCAACUCCUGGGCAUCAUGUCAGCCAGUUCAUGUCUUACAGUAAGAGAUUCCGCCAAAAUUCAUGAUACAAUAGAUUCCUUGAAAUCAAUUUGA